GGGAUAACGACGCCGGAGCUGGCUCCUCCGACGGUCUCAGCGACGACUGGGGGUGUGCGUCAGUAUGCGGCCCGAGUUCAAUGAACUUGGCCUCGAGCUCGGCGCGCAGGCGCUCAACGAACUGCGCUUCGGACUCGCCCUCACGCUGGUAGCGCCGCGCGUACGCCGGGGACACGUGGUGGAAGCGUUUGCUAUCGAGGAUGUCGUUGUACGGCGCUCGGCGUGCUGCGUUCCACGCGACGUUCAGCGUACCAAGCGACGCGCCGUGGUAGGACGACUUGCGCCCAAUAUAGUUCACACGCUGCGUCUGGCCAAGUUCCCAGAAGUACUGUGCGUGUGUUGUUUCAGAACGACUGGGAUGCAGAUGCAGACGCGGGCUUGUUCACCUGGCGAGCAGUCUUGAGAGCGCCUUCGACAGCUUCGCUACCACCGGACGCAAAGGCAAUGCGUGCAAAGGCACCUUGGGACCUGUCGAUGAUGUUCUGUGCGAGCAUCUCGGUCGGGGUGUUCGUGAGCUGCGUGUGGAAGGUGACUGGGCAGACGGCGGCAGUGAGCAACACGAUCUAGACACGCAGGCGACUACUGGCACCCACAGUUCAGGAUCCCCGCCUGUUCGCGAAUAGCUUCGACGACGGCCGGGUGUCCGUUGCCUAUGCAGACGACGGCCGCCCCACCCACUGCGUCAGUGACGCGGCUGCCGUCUUCGAGGUCAUAGUAGAUCCCGUAGGCUUUAACUGCCAGAGGCGGCGUCUUGUAUGUCUUGUGCAGGACUGCGGACUUGCUGAAGGACCGAAUGCUGGCGAUAUCUCCCAUGAUGUGGUGGUUUGGGAUCUGUAGUUUCUG